AUGGCUCUGAGCACGCUGCUGGCUACCUUGCUGUGCACCAUCGUCCUCCCGAUUCUGCUCUUUCUGGUGGCUGUCAAACUGUGGGAAGUUUACAUGACCCGGGGCAGAGAUCCGAGCUGCGCAAGCCCCUUGCCUCCCGGUUCCAUGGGCUUGCCUUUCUUUGGGGAGACGCUGCAGCUCAUCUUGCAGAGAAGAAAGUUUCUUCGCAUGAAGCGGCAGAAGUAUGGCUACAUCUACCGGACUCACCUAUUCGGGAACCCCACAGUACGUGUGACCGGGGGCGACAACGUGAGACAGAUUCUCCUGGGGGAACACAAGCUCGUGUCGGUCCAGUGGCCGGCGUCCGUGCGCACUAUCCUGGGCUCAGACACGCUGUCAAACGUGCAUGGAAUCCAGCACAAAACUAAGAAAAAGGCCAUUAUGCGGGCGUUCUCCAGGGAGGCGUUGGAGCUCUACAUCCCAGUCAUCCAGGAGGAGAUUCGAGCUGCAGUGGAAGAGUGGCUGGCGAGGGAUUCUUGUGUGCUGGUGUACCCUGAGAUGAAGCGUCUGAUGUUCCGCAUUGCCAUGAGGAUCCUUCUGGGCUUCGAGCCAGACAAGAUUAAGACCGAUGAGCGGCAGCUGGUCGAGGCGUUCGAGGAAAUGAUCAAAAAUCUCUUUUCACUACCCAUUGAUGUUCCAUUCAGUGGACUGUACAGGGGUCUUAAAGCUAGGAACUUCAUCCAUUCUAAGAUCGAAGAGAACAUCAAGAAGAAGAUACAGGAUUCACAGAAAGAGUCCAAACAUGGAGAUGCUUUGCAGCAGCUCAUAGACAGCUGUAGUAAGAACGGCGAGACAUUUAGCAUGCAGGCUAUUAAGGAGUCUGCAACAGAACUACUUUUUGGGGGCCACGAAACCACUGCCAGCACAGCCACCUCUCUCAUUAUGUUCCUGGGCCUGAACCCUGAAGUAGUUGAGAAAAUGAGGCAAGAACUGAUGGAUAAGGUAUUGUUUUAAACACAUUCAGAGGAACAAGGAAUGCAACUCCAAAGCUUGAACAUUGAGUCUUUGGAACAGUUAAAGUAUACUGGUUGUGUGAUUAAAGAGACUCUCAGGAUUAACCCUCCUGUACCCGGAGGCUUUAGGGUGGCGCUGAAAACAUUUGAACUGAAUGGAUAUCAAAUUCCCAAGGGUUGGAACGUCAUCUACAGUAUCUGCGACACCCACGACGUGGCAGAUAUCUUCCCCAACAAAGAGGACUUCCAGCCAGAGCGCUUCAUUACAAAAGCUUCUGCAGACUCCUCGAGGUUCCAGUACAUUCCAUUUGGUGGAGGGUCGAGGAUGUGUGUAGGGAAGGAGUUUGCCAAGGUCCUGCUUAAGAUCUUUCUGGUGGAAGUGGUCACUAAGUGUCACUGUACUCUUUUGAAUGGGCCACCCUUGAUGAAAACAGGACCUACUGUUUAUCCUGUGGAUAAUCUGCCAACCAAGUUUACCCACUAUGUUCAAAAUUAA